ACUUUAUUUAAAGAAAGAACCAAAAUUCAAAAGAAGUCCAUCAUCAUUUUGCCUAAACGUGUACGCAUAUCAUCAAGACUUUGUCAACAAAACCACCACCACUACAACGCUCACCACCACCUCCACCAAUACAUUCGUCACUUAUAUAAUGCCGACAUUUCGGGCGUAUUUGUAGACACCGGCUCGCAUCACCGGGUCAACUUGUGUGUGAAGCCCAGUCCGCCAAGUAGUCCUAUUUGUACGCCUGUAAUAAAAUAUGAGCCGACCACUUCCGUCGACGGUAAUGACAGCGAUUUAGCUGGCGUGACUGCGCUUGGGGUCGUGGCACAAGCAGGUACGAUUUCAGUUGGUACCACUGGCGACAACUCCGCUACUCUACCGGGCGAAUGUGGUGAUGAUGAACAGCCUUGUGAUCUUCGUUUAAGUGCUUUUCCGAUGAACCUGGUGUCGAUAGCGAUACAGCGAGCUGCAUUGCAAUCCAUAGCAGCAACACCGUCUACUCAUCUCUCGUCGUUGAUGAACUUUCCACAUCCGCACACACCAACCCAGCCGGCAGGGGCACAUCGUUCGAUUUCACCAACUCGACGUUAUAGCAUUAGCGCCAGUAACCCUACAGUCGGCAAUGCAGCCGGAAUCGGAGCCGGCGGAGGUGUGGCUUCAAAUAGGCCGAUCUCGCCACUUAGUGGAAACCUAAACACUGUGGCAAUAACGACCUGUUCCAGUUCUUCUGCUGCCUCAGGACCAUCUACCUCAGCAGCAGCGGCGGCAGCUGCUUCGAACUCAGCACUUAUAACACCAGGUGGCGGCAGUUGUAGCGACGAAGCCCAAGGAAUCAGCAAUAGUGGAAAUGCUGGUGGUGGCGGUAGCCACAUUGCUGCCAUUGCAUCAGGAUCAGCAGGCACAUUCGGAGGCGCUUACACGUGUGAGCGCUGUGGGAAUUCAUAUGCCCGACCUCAUAGCUUAAAUCGACAUAUGCGUUUCGAAUGCGGCGUUGAGCCCAAGUUUGAGUGUCCGAUUUGUCACAAGAAAUCGAAGCACAAACACAAUCUCGUUUUACACAUGCGCACACAUCAACAUCGAUGAUAUAAUCAGCCCGGACUACUGCAAUGACCACCGAUACUCCGCCAAAAAGUCCAUAAAUGGAAUGUUAUGAAUAAUAAACAAUAUCGACAGGAGCUGCGUCAACAAAAAAAAAUUCACCACAACUAUAAGCAUCCAUCUUAUAGACGAUAUACUUGUAUAUGUUGUAAACUCUUUCCGCACCGUUAUCAUCAUCAUCUCACAGUUCGCCAUAUGGAGACCAACGCUUUCCUAUGCUGAUCGCAAUUAAAUAGCGAAUAGCGCAAAGCACAUUCCAACGCAUUCGAUUUUUUUUAUUUAGCGAAGACACAGGACAAUGGUAAAUACGUAUGUAUGAAUAUAAUGAUUGAUAGUUAAUGAUGAUUAAUGUAAGCACGUUGUGUUCGGAUGAUGACAUCAAUGACAUCAAUGACACAAUGAAUAACACACAUACACAAAAGCACAGGUAUGUUAUGUAAAGGAGUGCAUUUGAAAAGGAGUUCUCCAACCAACAUAUUAACUAAUUAGCACGAAUGUGAUUUAAUUCUUUUACACAUAAAGAAGUCUUAUAAUUUUCCAAAUGAUCUUGAGAACUUAGUCGUUUUUUUAUUUACAUUCAUUUAUUUUUACAAUUUUAAAAAUAUAUAAUAUGUAGCUUAAAGUACUUUUAUACGGAUAUACAUAUGUGCAUAUUAUGAACUAUGUAUGUAUGUAAAUAUUUUCUACAGCAAUAUGUACACUCAUAAAACCAUAAACACCUACAUAUGUACAUACAUACAUACACACACAUGUAUGUUAUAUGUCUGUGUGUAUGUAUGUAUGUAUGUACGUACAUAGUAUAUUAGUAUUGUACAUUGUGAAAAUAUUGAUCAAUUUUAAUUGUAGUUAUAUAUAUAUAUAUGUAUGUUAUAUUAUAUAUUAUAUUUAAAGAGUCAAAAUUGUUUCUUGUUAC